AUGCUGCCCAUUGCGCUGCCCGCAGGAGCGUUGGCCUCUUCUCCGGCGCCGCCGCCUGUCUGCGGAGAGGUGUGGGGCGCCACCGGCGCCGCGUACACCAGCGCGAGCAUCAGCGGCACGUGGGGGCUGUAUGAAGACCUCACCCCGGACCUGUCAGAGCUGGCGUCCUACUGGUCGAUCGGCGACGAGUACACCGUCUCAAUGACGGCGACCUCGACGUGCAGCUCGAGCCAGAACCUGGGCUUCGAGGGCGGCGGGGUCGGCUACUUUCAAGUGACCGUCCCCGCCAACGCCGUCAACGUCCGCGUCUCGGCGACGGACACGGUGAGUGUGACGGGCACCGUGAACGCUGGCUUCCAGUCCAGGUCCACCAACUCCGCGUCGUGCACCAUCACCGUCACGGACCUGUCGGCCAUCAACGUGGCCGUCGCCGCCGCCGCGAGCAUCAGCGGCACGUGGGGGCUGUAUGAAGACCUCACCCCGGACCUGUCAGAGCUGGCGUCCUACUGGUCGAUCGGCGACGAGUACACCGUCUCAAUGACGGCGACCUCGACGUGCAGCUCGAGCCAGAACCUGGGCUUCGAGGGCGGCGGGGUCGGCUACUUUCAAGUGACCGUCCCCGCCAACGCCGUCAACGUCCGCGUCUCGGCGACGGACACGGUGAGUGUGACGGGCACCGUGAACGCUGGCUUCCAGUCCAGGUCCACCAACUCCGCGUCGUGCACCAUCACCGUCACGGACCUGUCGGCCAUCAACGUGGCCGUCGCCGCCGCGUGC